GAAACUUGCGCUCAGUCGACGAGCAACUUUUGCAGUGAGCAGUGGACAACGACGUGAACUAGUGGACGUGAAACUGACUAGUGGACUACGUGGUCGUGUGUGCGUGCAGUGGCAAUGUGCAAAAAUAAAAAAUCUAUAGGUGUUGUAUAUUUAAAUUGAAUAUAUGUAAAUACAAAUCAUCAUAUCGCACACAAACCAAGAUAUAUAAAGAGUGCGAGUGUGUGUGACAGAGGGAGAGAGAGAGAGAGAGAGCUUCAAACGGCCAACGGAAAUACGAAAAAGCAGAGUGUCUAGAGUGUAGAGCUCGUCGGUGUGCAUUAGCUGAGCUGAGCAGCUGCCGUAGCUGUUAGAAAGUGUAACCAAAGAGUGACAUCACGCCAGCGGAGACGGAGUCGGAAAGAGAGACAAAGACGCAAAGAGAGACGAAGACGAAUCGUAGCAAUUAGCAGAGAUUGUUGUUAUUGUGAAAAAGCCAGAGACAGUUGAGCGGUGAAUGGAGAAACAUUGAAAAACCGCAGUUUGUGGAAAAUAAAAGCGUUACAUUAGAGCGAUAAAUAUCGCACAUACGAAUACUCAUCACAAAAUUGUAUCGAAUCGAAAAGUAACGGAACGACAGUGGAACGUACCAGAAUCAACGGACAAACCGCCGCUCUCAAGGUGAACCUGACAGUAACAGCAGCAACAGCAGCAACUGCGGCAACAGCAGCAACAGUAGCAACACAACUCAAAGCAACUUAAAAAUUUUCGAAAUUAGUCGCAGCGUUUCGAGACGCAUCGAGCAACGAAUACGGAAAGUGACAGGACUCGCUUGUGGCAGCCAAGAUGAAGCCAACUGUGAUGACAGCAAAUCAGACCAGCGCCGGUGGCGGAGGCGCCGGUGGCAACGGCAAUGGCUCGCCCGCAGGAGCCGGCGUAAACAUACCCAUCAAUCGGGAGUACGUCGGUGGCGGCAAUAUGCACAACUCCUCGCCCCAACAGCAGAAUUACCAGCCGCAGUUCUAUAGCAGUCAGCCUGGCUACGGAUCGCCGCGACAGCAGCAACACCACGUUCCCACAAAUCAGCAGCAACAUUUUCAGCCGACCUUUGGAUUCGAGCCCGAUAUGGACAUGGAUAUGGAUAAUAUGUUUCCCCGCUCCCGUCUGGGGCGUAUGCAUCACGAUCCCUUCGCAGGAUUUGGCGGCACAAGUAAGCGGAAUAGUUUGCACGAUCCCCAAAUCCAUCCCCAUACCCCUAAGAACCUCCAGGCGCACUCAAUGCAUCCUGAUGAUGACUUUUCUCAUUAUUUCGACGAUGCUGCAGACUUUGGAUUCCCCCAACUUUCAACAAUGGGUCGACGCGGUCGAGUAGCUGGAGGUGCUAACAACCACAUGGAGCGUGAUGAUGAUUUCUUCAAUAGACUGCCAUCGGAGUUCCGUCAGUAUAUACCAGAGGGCUUUGGCGCCCGUCGCACUGCAGCUGGCGGUCCGCCUCAGCAACAACCACAGCAUCAUCCCGAGCAACAGCAUCAGCCUCAUCCCCAACAGCAGUACUAUCAACAAGAUUAUGGCAGGCCACAGCAGCAGACAGCACCGGCUCCAACUCAGGCUCCGGCUCCGGCUCACGUUCCGACUCCGGCACAGGCACAGCCAGUUCUGCAGUCGCCCUCUAAGCGUCUAUGCGAUGCGGCCAUCCAAACGGAGGAUCCCGCAGGCCGCUCGGAGGUCGAUUGCGCACCGCCUGUGAAUCUAAACCAGCAUGGACUGCGCAACACCAUGGAUAUGGGCAUCAAGUCCGUAGCCGAGCAAGAUCAAGGAUCACGCUCGCACUCUGCGCCUCCACCAGAGCAGCAGCAACUAAACCAACAGUACCAACAACAACAACAUCAGCAACGUCCUCAGCAAUAUGGUACCCAGACUAGUCCACCAGUGCAGCAGCAGAUGCCGCAAUUCCAUAAGACUUUCUACCCGCCACAGCAGCAGUCGCAUCCCCAACAGAAGCAGCAGACGCCUCCGCCGCCGCAGACACCUGGCGGCAGCUAUGUCCGCACCAUACCCAUUUUUGUCGAGGGUCGCGCGGAACCCAUCAUCAAUGCGCAUAAGGAAAUACCAAAUCAGAACGCUGCAGGUCACCCACAGGCUCAGGCACAGGCACAAGCCUCGGCUCACGCCCAGGCACAUGCCCAGGCGUCCUAUAUGCCACCGCAUCAGCAGCAGCAACGUCCUGGUCCACUUAAUACUCAGCAACAGCAAGAUCCCCAUCAGAUGGAGGCGGAGGCGAAUGCUUGUGUGCCUCCACAGACGCCACAUACAGUGGAUUCGAUCAAAAAGAUUCAGGACAUACAACGGGACGUGCUUGAGCUGAUGGCCAAAGUGGAACAGUUCAAGGGCACGCGCCAAGACAAGGAGUAUGUAUACCUGGAUGAGAUGCUCACGCGCAAUCUUCUCAAGUUGGACACUAUUGAUACCAACGGCAAGGACAGCAUUCGGCUAGCUCGCAAGGAAGCCAUCAAGUGCAUACAAGCAUCCGUAAACGUGCUGGACGCCAAGGCCGAGGAGAACGCCAGAACAGCAGCUGGAACAGAGUCGGAUGUAGUUGGAUCACAGACUGUUGAAGCUAAAUCCACCGAUGUCGCUGAAUCCGCAGCUGUUACGGAGCCGGUUACGCCACAGCCAUUGGAUGCUACCAAGAUUCAGGAGCCUAUACCUCUGCCGGCGCCGCCAAGUGCCGUAGAUAACGCUACCAAUGUGACAGACCCGAAGGAUUCGGAUCAAGGAUCAAAGGCCGAGACCACACCGCUGACGGAGACGUCUGAAUGAUGAACGCAUCGGCGGUACAAGGCGACCGUUUCGAAGCAGCUGCGCAACCCAACCAAAUUCAAAUAAUUAGAGGGCAUAAAAUGUUGAAUUUACAUACAUAUAUCAUCAUCGGACAGCGACAAAUUUGAUUAAAGUAAUGUGUGGGAACAUCAGAUUGGGUGCUGGUGAAGUGGCAUUGUACUCUUUGCUAGUAUUUAGUAGAUAUACAUACAUAUAUAAAUCUCAUGUGACAUAACAAACAAUCAUAUACACACACACACACAUAAUGAAACUCGCGAUAUACAUAUAUCUAUGUAUAUAUGUUGAUUAGGCUAAGUAAUGAUGUUCAAAAUGACAAAAGUGCCUGCAAUUGCAAUUGCAAAUAAUACUGAAGAAUGUUAA